AUGGGUAUUUCUCGGGAUUCUCGCCACAAGCGCAGCGCCACUGGUGCCAAGCGCGCUCACUACCGCAAGAAGAGAGCCUUCGAGAAGGGUCGCCAGCCUGCCAACACCCGUAUUGGCACCAAGCGCAUUCACCUUGUCCGCACCCGUGGUGGCAACCAGAAGUUCCGUGGUCUCCGUCUUGAGUCCGGUAACUUCUCGUGGGGCUCCGAGGGUAUCUCCCGCAAGACCCGUGUCAUUGGAGUGUCCUUCCACCCCUCCAACAACGAGCUGGUCCGCACAAACACCCUGACCAAGUCGGCCGUUGUCCAGAUUGACGCUGCCCCCUUCCGUCAGUGGUACGAGGCCCACUACGGCCAGCCCAUCGGCCGUAGACGCCAGCAGAAGACCGAGGGUGUCGAGGAGGAGAAGAAGUCCGCCUCCGUCGCCAAGAAGCAGGCUGCCCGCUUCGCUGACUCCGGUAAGACUGAGUCUGCUAUCGAGCGCCAGUUCGAGUCCGGUCGUCUUUUCGCCGUUGUUGCCUCGCGCCCCGGCCAGUCUGGCCGCUGUGACGGUUACAUUCUGGAGGGUGAGGAGCUUGCUUUCUACCAGAAGGCUAUCCGCAAGUAA